UUUACAGCUCCAUCUCGGAACAAAUCCUUAGUUGAAAACUAAGAAAGUCUCAUUCGUCACUACUAAACUUCGAAAAACCAAAGUUCAUGUCUGAACUCGACGUCCAGAUUCCUACUGCCUUCGAUCCUUUCGCAGAGGCAAAUGCUGAGGACUCAGGUGCUGGGUCAAAAGAAUAUGUGCAUGUCCGUAUACAACAGCGAAAUGGUAGGAAAAGCCUGACUACUGUGCAGGGUUUAAAGAAAGAAUUUAGCUACAAUAAGAUCCUCAAGGACCUCAAGAAGGAAUUCUGCUGCAAUGGUACUGUCGUCCAGGACCCAGAGCUAGGCCAGGUAAUUCAGCUCCAAGGUGACCAGAGGAAGAAUGUCUCCACAUUCCUUGUUCAGGCUGGCAUUGUGAAGAAGGAGCACAUCAAGAUUCAUGGUUUUUGAGCAGAACUUUUAGCAGGCAUUGGCAGUCAGACUAAUCCCCAUCUAUUAAUGUGUUUCUGCAUGACAAGCAAGAACUCUAGUAUCUGGACUUCAGAAUAUAUUACAAUACUACUAGAUGUGUGUGCUCAUAAAUGACUUGGUACCCUACAUUUGACGCUUUAUUAGUUCAUCUUCCUCAAGCUACUUUGUGUAAUGUGUGUAAACUAUGGUUUAUUCCGUGGUCUAUAUUUAUAAUAACAAGCUAUCGGAGGAUACAAGUUAUUUCUAUCCACCUAUUCGCAAAUUAAUUGUUUCA